AAUACGUUUAUUAGUAAAACAUAUUCUGUAAUCUGAAAGACUGCGAGUGCGAGGGCUGAGGGAAGUAAAGCAAGCCGCCUCACUUUUCCCACCAACCACACUCCCUCCCUCUCUCUUUUCUCGACGGAUUCAUCAAAGCUCUUCUCCAUUUCCAUUCUAAAUCCCUUUCUCAUUUGUUUCCGCAGAUUUCCUCUUUCGUCAAAUCAAAUCAGCAAUGCAAACUGCGGCGUUUUCUCUGUCCUCUCCUUGUUCGAUUCCUUCUCUGAAACCGCGUAAAUUCGCUUCUACUGCUGGAUUUGAUCCUAUUCGCGUUUCCUGUUCCUCCUCCGUUACCAAACGCCACGAUCGUUUUGCUUCAACCCAUGCCGUUUCCGCCAGUUCUUUGCCUAAUCGAUCCUGGCCUCUCUCUUCCUCCUCAUCCUUGUCGCUCAGGCCUUGGAACCUUGUUCCUUCCGAUUCAGGACCGGAUCGCUUCGAAGUUAGUGCCACGGCGGCGGAGAGUGCCGGUGAAGGCGAGAAGUCAGGUAGCUUGGCGAAGACAUUGGAGCUUGGAUUGUUGUUUGGAUUGUGGUACCUCUUUAACAUCUACUUCAACAUCUACAACAAACAGGUUCUUAAGGUCUACCAUUACCCUGUAACUGUCACUGUCAUUCAGUUUGCUGUUGGGACUGUACUUGUUGCCCUGAUGUGGACUUUAAACUUGUAUAAGAGGCCGAAAAUCACUGGUGCACAGCUAGCAGUAAUUCUGCCACUUGCAGUGGUGCAUACCUUGGGCAACCUCUUUACGAAUAUGAGUCUAGGAAAAGUGGCCGUUUCUUUCACUCACACAAUUAAAGCUAUGGAGCCAUUCUUCUCAGUUGUGCUGUCUGCAAUGCUUUUAGGAGAGCUGCCAACUCCUUGGGUAGUUGGUUCUCUUGUACCUAUUGUAGGAGGAGUUGUACUUGCAUCUGUUACAGAGGCCUCAUUCAAUUGGGCUGGAUUUUGGAGUGCAAUGGCUUCCAAUUUAACAAAUCAAUCCCGUAACGUUCUUAGCAAAAAAGUUAUGGUUAAGAAAGAGGAUUCUAUGGACAACAUUACCCUCUUCUCAAUAAUAACAAUUAUGUCCUUUUUCUUGCUAGCCCCUGUGGCUAUCUUCAUGGAAGGCAUAAAAUUUACCCCUGCCUACUUGCAAUCUGCGGGUUUGAAUGUUAAAGAAGUUGCUGUAAGAUCUUUGCUUGCUGCUCUUUCCUUCCACGCCUAUCAGCAGGUUUCAUAUAUGAUACUGCAAAGGGUAUCCCCUGUUACUCAUUCUGUGGGCAACUGUGUGAAGCGGGUGGUGGUUAUUGUCAGCUCUGUUAUUUUCUUUAAGACACCUGUCUCACCGAUCAAUGCACUUGGCACCGGAAUUGCUCUUGCUGGAGUUUUCCUGUAUUCUAGGGUGAAGCGCAUCAAGGCAAAGGCAGCAUAAUGGUUUUGCCUAUAAAUACGAGUUUAAUGCUCUAGAUUGAAGGACUUGUUUGUAGUUUAGGCAGAACAUAAUUUUGGUUUUUGUUUACGUGUUUGGAUUUGCUGAUUGUUUUGACACAUGAACUUUAUUCGAAGAGUCA